GCUACGACGAGCGGGAUGCUGAGCCCAAAGGUGUUUUAGCCACAGGACUGGAUAUUUCACGUAGCUUCCUGUCCUGUCCUGGAGCUUUUUCUUCACUUUGUUUUUCACUUUGGCUUUCGUCCUCACACCUGGAUUUUAAGGCUUUGGGUUUAUGGGUUGCUGAGGAGGAGGAGGCAGGACAGGUGACUCACGAUGGCCGUGGCUCUGGAUGCAGUGUGGGUGAGGGUGAAGAACGUCUGCAAGCAGAAUGGGCUCCUCAUCAUGUCGGUGCUGGCUGUGGUCAUUGGGUGUCUUUUGGGCUUCUUCCUGAGGACACGGCGGCUCACAGAGCAGGAGGUGAAGUACUUCCAGUUUCCUGGAGAGCUGCUGAUGAGGAUGCUGAAGAUGCUCAUCCUCCCUCUCGUCGUGUCCAGUUUGAUGUCGGGACUGGCAGCCCUUGAUGCCAAGUGUUCCAGUAGGCUCGGUCUGAUCACAGUGUCUUAUUACCUGUGGACCACCUUUGUGGCUGUGAUCGUUGGGAUCAUCAUGGUCUCCAUCAUCCACCCAGGAGGUGCAGCACAAAAAGAAGACUCAGAGGACAGCGGCAAGCCCAUCAUGAGUUCUGCUGAUGCUCUGCUGGACCUGAUCCGCAACAUGUUCCCAUCCAAUCUGGUGCAGGCCACAUUUCAGCAGUAUCGAACGAACAGCGAGUACAUUGUAAAACCCAAGCCAACGGUGAGUCAGGCCCGAUCAGAGUCCACCACACGGAGAGCGCUCAUUUACGGCAUCCAGGACGAUAAUGGAACAGAUAUCCAGAACUUUGCUCUUGACCUGACGCCACCUCCAGAUGUGUUCAUUCGAACUCGAGAAGGAACAAGUGAUGGAAUGAACGUCCUUGGGAUUGUUAUUUUCUCAGCCACUAUGGGUAUUAUGUUGGGAAGGAUGGGGCCAAAUGGCAGCGCCUUGGUGAAUUUCUGCCAGAGUCUGAAUGAGGCUGUCCUAAGAAUUGUUGCCAUUGUUAUAUGGUACUUUCCAUUCGGCAUUGUUUUCCUGGUGGCUGGUAAGAUUCUGGAGAUGAGCGACCCGUCUGCCAUGGGGAAGAAGCUCGGUUUCUACGCCGUCACCGUGGUGUUUGGUCUGGUGUUGCAUGGCUUGUUCAUACUGCCUGCCAUGUACUUCUUCAUCACCAAAAAGAGCCCCAUCGUUUACAUACGGGGAAUCCUGCAAGCCCUCCUCAUCGCCCUGGCAACCUCCUCCAGCUCUGCCACUUUGCCUAUAACUUUCAAGUGCCUUUUGGAGAACAACCACAUCGACCGCCGCAUCAUCCGUUUCGUGUUACCAGUGGGCGCCACCAUCAACAUGGACGGCACCGCUCUCUAUGAGGCUGUGGCGGCAAUUUUCAUCGCACAAGUUAAUAAUUAUGAACUGGAUUUUGGCCAGAUCAUCACCAUCAGCAUCACAGCCACCGCAGCCAGCAUCGGUGCAGCAGGUAUACCACAGGCUGGACUGGUCACCAUGGUAAUAGUGCUAACUUCCGUAGGGUUGCCGACUGAUGACAUCACACUCAUCAUUGCAGUAGACUGGGCUUUAGACAGGUUCCGCACCAUGGUGAAUGUAAUGGGGGAUGCUUUGGCCACAGGCAUCAUGGCACACAUCUGCAGGAAGGACUUCAUCAAAGAGGGAGAUGGGGUGCCUUUGAUCUGUGAGACCAAAACGGCAAUGAGCACCCCACCUCUGAUGAACUGCCACAACAAGAACGGCAACUACCGGCCUCCUUCCUCAGGGGUCAAACAUGAGCUCGUCCCUCCCGACGUGGCCCGACUCAUGCAGCUGGAGGAAGGCGUUCGGCCACUUUCAGACAGAAAGAAGCCUCCGGUUCCUCCGAGGCACCUAAAGAAGAGCAAAGAACACUGCACCAUUGACAUGAAUGGCCUUGAGACUAACGUAUAGCCUCCUCAUGGAGUUUGGUGGAUCGUCUGUGUAGUUGUGAUGAUGACGGGGACAAAGGACACCCGUGCAAUUUGGAGAAGCUCGUCUUCGUCUCUCAGCUUAUUGCAGUCAGAACGUUUCCAUGAUGAAGCGUCCUGAAAACUACGAGGAGCAUCUGAAUUCAAAGCAGUUGAUUAGCAGCAGCAAAACAAGACUGAACAGUGACAGUGGUUUCAUGAUUUCAAUCGCAAAACUGACCCUUGUUCUGGACUUGCAGGAUGAUCUCACACUGAAGACUCUGAACAUAGGUGCGAGCACUAGCUAUCAAUUAGCUGAUUUUUAUUUGAUAUCUACAUUUUAUAUGAUUUCUAAGUUUUUCUUGUCAGUGUGCAACAUGUUACUAAGACAAGUGUUUAUUAUGUUUUAUACUUCUGUACUGCAAGCAGCCACGUGUUUGUGUCGCAACAGACAAGACAGGAUUGGAUGAGCUGAGAGAUCAGGAGGCAAAGUGAAAUGCCCUAACUGUUUAAUUUUGCCUUAACAACGCUGGUGGUGCUAGGCUAACGGUGAUGAUGGGAGAAGAAGCAGCGAAGCAAAAGAUCGGAAACUUCUCUUUGCCCCGCGGUCACGUUUGACGUGGGCAAAACAGAGAUUCGAAUGGUUUCAUUUAUUUGAACAGUCACAGGAGCACUUGAUUUAAUUAAGCUUUCUGGUACAUGAGCCUACAAACAACCACUGGCAGUUUACUUUAAGUGUUUGUUAGUUGACUCCACGUCAAACAGGAGAUCUUAACUUUUCUACAUCCAUAAAACAUGAGGUUACUUUCCAGCUUUUGCAUUUCUACUGCAUUUAUUGAUGUAAUCUUAUUCCAUUGAUGCACUGAAGUAAUUUAGUUAAAGGAUCGGUUCAGAUCCUCCUCGUGUCUAUGAUGGAUCUCAGUGACUCCAACCAAUGGAGGAUGAUAAUCGAGUUUAGUGAAAGCUGAUUUUAGACUUAUCAGUCUGAUUUGGCUGGUUGUAUUCUUUUAUUUCUGAAUUACUAACUGGUCAAUGGCCAUGUUUCUGUAACAUAAUUUUAUGUGCAUUUUCAAGUAUUUAAUUAGAAAAGGUUGAUGGAAAUAGGAAAAUUGGAAAAACUUAAAUUUUGUAGUCACUUGAGGUAGUUUGACUUUUUCAUUAAAGAGGUAAUGCUUCAUAGAAGAUGGAAACACCUUUUUGAACAUGUUUUGACAAACCAAACAUUUACCUUUACAUGACUGAUCAGUUGUUUCUGCAUCUCUAGUUUUUUUCAUGUCCAGAGAGCAUGAAACACAGCUGAUAAUAGCUGACAUGCAAGAGUAAUUACAACUUGCCCCAUUGAAAACAACUCCUGAAUACCUCUCUACAUUUUCAUGUCACAGGAGGACAAGGCAACUGGUUUUACUUAUUUCUUGUUCAAGUGUUUUUUAACAGUUGCAACCAUGUGUAACACAACCUACACCACAACCUUCGGAAGACACAAUACAGCUUGGUUUAUAUGCUUCAACACCGUUAAUUGAAGCAGGCAUGAAUGACAUUUGAUGCAAUUAAAUUUUCCUCAGAACACAAUAUUUUAUGUCUCUGGUGCAUCAAACGCUGGCUGAGGGAUUUUUUCAAACUGUUUGGUCAACUUCAAACUGACAUAUCAACUUACUCUGAAAAUUCGUCAUGCCGUUCGCACCACUCACCGAAAAUUCUGCAUAUAAUUGCACCAACUUGCGUCUUUUCUUUGACUUCAUAAAUAAUAACCAUAAAUAACCACGUCUAACAUUUGCUCCAUCUGAACACACCUCUAAAGUUUUACCACGGUAGAAAGCGACAACUUAAUGGCUGGUCUGAGCAGAUCAGGAGUUUUUAACAGCAUUUAAAUAUUGUUAAAAGACAGACGAACAAAUCUGAACCUAUCCUUCAAAUAUAAAUGGUUACUCAACAGUACGUUCCCCUCUUGUCAUAUAAAGGUGCAUUUUACCCUGUCAAAUACUAGGUUUUGUAUAUUGCCAUUUCACUGUGUUGUCACCACCUUGCAAAGCAACUGCCAGAGAUUUCAGUGCACUUCUCAACACAUAGUAUUUGUCUCAUGGGAAGAAAACACAUUCUGAGAUGUGUUUUAUUCUUGUCUCAACCAUAUCUGUUUUUUUCUUUUUUUUUAUUAUAUGUCACGUGCAGAAGCCACAUAUAGGAGGCAAAUGAGAAUUGAUUAGUGACACUGUGUAGGAGAACCUGCAGAAACACUGCUCAAUUAGAAAAUGCACAGACUUCUGAAGCCUUUUCAAAUAAUUUAUUGCUGUGUUCAAUGGCUGCAUACUGUAUGUGAAAAUACAAUACUGAUGUAUAUGAAACUGGCACUGUAUUCAUAGCAACAUAGUGAGUGUUAUAGGAGCAUUUUCAAUGUCAAUAUAAAAAUAAUGGAUCUCUAUUUAGAAAACAAGAGCAGACUGAAGGAGCAGCUUGGACUGAAGCUUCAGAUAUGUUGAUGUUGCUUUUGUCUUUGGAAUAUUACAUGUACAAGCACAUAAUGAAAUAAUUACAGAAAAGCACUGAUGUACAUGUUUAUCCACGCACUAAAAGUACAGAGAAUUAAGGGCCAAGGUUGCAUUUUUUAUGUUUUUAAGUUUUGACCACAGACUGUAUAAAAAGAUGGAUGUAUCCACGGUAAUGUCACACAUUAGUUUGUGAACUAUAGUUUUAAAGAUUUUGUUAUCAUGUUGGUUUUUUAAAAUACUGUACAGCUCCACCCUAACACAUACCCAGCUUUAUAUUUUAAUUAACUCGAAAUGCAACCAUAAACAAUGCUGUAUUGAAGGUGACUUGAAGCUAGUAAAUGAGAAAAUAAAUCUUUAACUGAUAACAAAUCAGUUGAGAAAUAGGGUCAAAAGACAUGUUUCCAUAUGUCUGUUAAGUAAAAUUUAAAAUGAACUUUUGAAAAAUUGUUAAAAAAAAUGCUCAUUGGGCUUGUUUCUAUUAUCAGCUUUGGAGCGAUUAAACUAGGCUGCAUACUGUGGUCAAAAGGUGGCGCUAUAUAUGUCACACAAGGCUGUCAUAAACCGAAUAGAAGAAGUUGCCAAAACUAGCUGUUUACCAACCACUAAAAAACCCUGAAGAAGAAAAAAACAACCAAAAUAAUCUUUGGCCAUCUGCCAGAGAAAAAUGGAGAGAAGGCUUCAGGAAUAGUUUUAAAUGGAGGAAUUUGUAGACAUUGUUUCAUAUUAGCUGAUAUCGGCCAUGUUUCAUGCUGUCCAACGAUCAACACAAUGAAUGUCGUGAUAAGAGCUGAUCAGUUAAGUGAGUUAAAUGUUUGCUAUGCCAGAGUGUAUUCAAAAAAGGUGUGUACAUGCCCAAUCAAGUGCAUAAAAGAUUUUUAAAAAAAAGCACCUUAAAUAAGUAAAACUUUUUGCAAAAUUGAGGGAAUUUGUAAUGUGUAAAAAAUAUAAUUAAAACGUGGCUACUUUCUUGUAGACGUCAGUACGAUCAGAUUUCCUUUUGCAAACAAAGGAGUCACCCCCUGCUGACCAUCAGAAACAAUGCAGAUUUAAGGCACUUGUGCGUUGGCUUCACUUUCCAGACUCGGAGGCUACAUCCAUCUUUUACAUACAAUCUGUGGUUUGGAUUGGUUUUAUUCUGGUGAAGUAGCAAGUCUAAGACGUCCAAUCAAAAUGAUGCAUGUAUUGGCAAAUGUUUUAUAAGGAAGGAAGGAAGGAAACACAUUCAAAACAUUAUUUAGGUUUCAAAGAUGUGCUUUGGUUACUAAAAUGGAACACGAACAAAAUGUUUGACUGAUUGAAAACUCCACAGGACACCUUUCAUUUGUAUUCUACAAGGGAUAAGCAGACUUCACCAGUAACAGUAAAAACACAAUUCCAGAAUACAAUUUCAGUUUCUAUAUUUACUAAAAGGCCCAGAUUAUGCUUGCUAUAAUGAGGACUUCAGGGAUUGGAUCUUGAAAGCUUUUCCAAGGUUUUGCUUUUUGUUAUUCUUUUUUAAAUAUAAUUGCCUUCACCAAGGAAUUCAUGUUU